AUGGAACGAAAACGUAAAAUAGUUUCUACGACUGAUAUUGAAUUAGAUCAAACAACUAAAAAACAAAAGAAAUUAACAAAUGAAAGUGGAAAUACACGUUUACAUAGUGGAAAAUAUACAUUAGACAGUGAUGAAGAAGAUGAUGAAGAACAAGAUAAUGCUAAAACAAUGAAUCAAGAUGAUCUUGAUGAAAUUGGACAAGAAAAAGCUACAAUUGGUUUUGAUGACGAUGUCAAAAUUACUCCAUUUAAUAUUGAAGAAGAAAUGGAAGAAGGACAUUAUGAUGAAACUGGAUGUUUUCAAUGGAGAAAAAAAGACGUAUGUAAAAUUUUAAUAAAGGGUAUCACAUAA